CGGCUUUGUGAAGAACUACGGUGAAGAAGACGGAGACGGGAGAAAGCAGCACCAGACAUGGCUCCCAGGAAAAGGACCACCAAGCAGCAGAAGAUCAACCCCAGGACGGCCAAGCUGGAGGCUUUUCUGGAGGAUUUCGACAGCGAGGUAAAAACCAGAAUUGGACAGCUGAAGGAGAAGCUGAACCAGCUGCUGAAAGAUGUGGACAACGCCUACGGCAUGGCGCUCAUUAAGAUCCCCAAAGCCGUCCGGAAGACCAACUGGUUGGAGCACUACAUGUCUGAGAAACCGAAGACCCCAGAAGUGGAGAACUCAAAGAGAGAAGAGGAAGCUGCCAUUGUUGAAAGCGUCGUGGCCGAGGAUCACGCGGUUCUUCUGAAGAACGCCAAGAAAACUCCAAAGAAGAAACGUGCCGCCAAGUCCAGUUCUCAGGACGGAGUCACUCCCAGCACCACGAGGAAGGCAAGAACAACAAAGAAGCCUCCAACUACCUCCAAAAGAGCAAAAGCACUGGGAGUCGCCAGAGACAGCACGGCCAUCAGACGGUCGAGCAGGAAGCCUCUGGUCACGCCGGCCAGAAGCUUGCUGGACUCUUCGGUGAUGAUCGGCGCCACUCCUCUGGUCACUCCACGCUUCGACCCGCGCCUCCCCAAGACCCCCGCCACCAGAGGGCCCCGCCACAAAGAGAGGGUCUUCAGCAUUUCCGUCAACGGCUCGCCCAUCGCCGGGGGCAGCAACGACAUCUUCAUCAGCGUUCCUGUGGGGAACGGAGAGAGCAUCCAGCUGCUGGCCAGCCAGAUGGACUCGGUGGAUCUGUCGCUGCUGGAUGAGAACGCUCUGAAGAGCCUUCGCCAGCUGCAGACUCGCCUCACCUCUCUGUGCGGGACGUCGCAGUAACCAGAACACUCUUAUUCUGAAAAGCCAACUGUCUUCAGAGAUGGUGUGACCUCCUCUGGGGUCGGAUGUACAUAUUCUGGUUAUGUUUUCUAUUCUUCACACACAUUUGAAAGAUAUUUUAGGGAAAUGUUCAUGUUUUUGAAGUGUGUAACUCUGUCACCGUCAUGUGUGGAUUUAACAUCUCUUUAAUUUUUAAGAGGAUUUCAAACUGAAAUGGGUUUUCUGAAUACUGUCUUCCCUCUCUUAUGAUUUUCUCUCUAAUAUCACCAAAAGCAUG